GUGUGUGUUCCUCAGGGAGGCCAGAAUGAUGCGAGCGCUGGCGAUAGACGGGAGGCGGCUAUUUUGUAUGAUGUUUUGCAGGGUCUCGACGCGUUGUUUCAUGGGUGGUGUAAUCACGGCAAUAUCCUCCCACAGCUCGUUUCGCUGGACAACGACAAUCUCCCCACUCGGCAUCCAGACACGGAGGAGCUCAUCAUGGCGCGAGAUGUGAUUUGUGGGAUCCUUCCUGGUCCUUCGAUCCUGACGUUUGAGACUGCAGUGAGGAGGUUCUUCGUGCCACUCCUUGCGACGAGGGGCAUGAACAGAUUCUUUCGGGAACGACAAGAGUUGGGGCAGCUGUGUGAGCGUGUUGCAUCUGGUGAACGGGAUGCUGUGGAUGUGCUUGAUGAGGCACGUCGGGUUUUACGCCAGGUCGUGCAAGAAGCUCCCAACUCACAGCCACAGCCUCAGUCGCCUAUCCGUCGUCGUCACGAUCCCGCGCCGUGCAGAAAGCGUCAUCACAUCCACCAUCUACACUGGUGCAAUUUGACUACAUGUCGGCGAGAGACUAGGCGCACCGAAAACCUUGGCACCCUCCACCGGCGUUAUCACCUUGGUACAACUCUCCACCCCACCUAUUCCCUACCACCUCCUUCGACCCCGAUCACCCUGCGUCAGUGCCCUCUCCCUUCAUUCCAUCUGAGCCAGCCACAAUUCCCAUCUCACUCUCAGACCGGACGAUUUACUUAUUGGGUCUAAUGACCAAUGUGUUGAUUGUUUAUAACUUAUAUUAUUCAAUAUUAUUAUAGACAUACUACUGGAGAGAAAGCCUUCAGACGUUACAACUUGCGAUUCCUGUCACGACGGACUGUUCGCCAACACCAACACCGAUUCUGUUCCGGAUACGAUGCCUUUUAUUGACUUGGCUAACCUUAUUUCUGACUUUCACAGACACUGCGAUGACGGCGCCAAAGCUCACUGGUGGAUACGGAUUGGUUCGAGGUUCUCGCUUACCCCAGCGUUGAGCAAUAAGGGUCAAACGGUAUGUGAAUAUUUUGGCUUG